UGUCUUGCGUAUAUCUUGUGGCUUGGUCUCUUACUCAGAUGGCAUACCAAUUCAAUCUAUUCAGUCAAUCUUUUUCUUGCGAUCUUUCUUAGCAACAUUCUAGCCCAAGUCUAACCGGCCUUAUUAUUACCACAACACUUACUUCUGUACUGUCUUAGCAUUUCUUGUCUAAUUCCACGGCCGUACUCCUGGGCAAGCUAGUCUCUGCACCUACUCUAUUUCCUUGUCGGAUCAUCUGUAGGCGUUGAUCGUCGGCACUUCUUCCCCACAACUACAUCUUCCUGUGGGUCUUCCUGCCACCUACAUAAGGUACCCGGACUUCCUUGGAUUCCGGAUCAUCAUCAGCUUCAGCAUCUUUUCGCAACUACCACACUCUUUUCUGGUUCUCGGCAACUUAUCGCAACAAGUCUCUUCAACAUGCUUUUCAAGUCCCUCCUCUUCGCCUCCACGGCCUCCGCCACAUGCCUUCACGGCCUCUCGAUGUUCAAGCGCGCCGCUGGCAGCGAGAAUGGUACUGUCGAGGUCAACACCUUCGGUUACGGCCCUGAAAAUGGUCCGUUCAACUGGGCCUCGCUUGCUCCUGAGAACGAAGCCUGCAGGACCGGCACCAACCAGUCUCCCAUCAACAUCGAUGCCAGCAUUGGCGCAGCUUCCGCCCGCCCAGUUGUGGACAUUCCCGACCAGUCGGUGGAGUUUGAGAACCUUGGAACGACCAUCGAGGUCAUUGUCAACGGCACGACCUCCUUCGCUGGAACAGACUUCCGUCUCGUUCAGUUCCACAUGCACACUCCCUCUGAGCACCACAUCAACGACGAGUUCUACCCGCUCGAAGUCCACAUGGUCCACCAGGGCGUCCUCGACAACACCAAGCUUGCCGUCAUCGCACUGAUGUUCCAAACCACCAUCGGUGACGGUCUUGACUUCAGCAGCGUCAUCAACAAGGUCGCCACCUCCGACAUCCUCCAGUACUCUGGAUCGCUGACCACACCUCCCUGCGCCGAGGGUGUCACUUUCCUCAUCGUCAAGGACCCCCUCGACAUCGGCGUCGCUGACUUCAACGCCAUCAAGAGCAUUGUCAAGUUCAACUCCCGCUUCAUCCAGAACACAAUCGGUGGCGAGAACAUCUUGGAGAUUGGUGCCAACAGCGGCUCCGUCCUGAACGCUACCAAAUAAGUGCGAGGUGCGAGGUCGUGAACCAGUUGUUGUGUGGCAUAGCGAGGAGUGAGGCGUGUUGGCGAGAAGAGACCGCAGUCGUUUCUGAUUUUAGAUUACCGUUAUAUCAAUUCACUUUACUUCAACAUUUGAACAGAGAUCGCAUUCAUUGUGCCGACGUUGAAAGUUCUUUUGUGACGUUCACCGCUGAUACAGGAGUGGUUUGAUCCGCCCGGAUCGGCGGGGUAACAGCACCACUUUCAUCGGAGGCAAUGACAGUUCGGGUUCCCGGGGUCGAAGAGGUUAGACCUGCAGUUCUUUUCGCGUGUGUCUCAGGUUGGGGUGUUCGAUCCUGCGACUCUGAGUCGUGCUUUCAUUGGUGACUGGGCAGUAUCUGUAGCCCCACUUUGCCUUCCACAUGAGACUGAUCUUCGCCCUGGGUUGGUAGAGG